GUGCGUAAAAACUCAAGAAUCCUCUUGUUUAGAGGAAGGGAAUGAGUUACUUACUGAGGAAUAUUACUGUCUAAUCUCACAGUUUCCACCAUGCCUGCCGAAACUAUAGGGGACACGAAGACCAUACCAGGAGGUCUCCGAUUCGUGUUCGGAGGCCUUAGUGGCAUGUGUGCUACGAGUGUGGUCCAACCCAUGGAUCUAGUGAAAACCCGAAUGCAACUCCUAGGCACGGCUGGCAAGAAUGUUACCAUGAUCUCCAUGACCAGAGAGGUGGUCAGCAGCCAGGGUGCCGGAGGCCUGUAUGUAGGUCUGUCAGCCGCGCUGUUCCGACAGGCCACCUACACCACGGGCCGGCUCGGCUGCUUUACCUACAUAACUGACGUCUAUACUGCUAACUACGGCGUCCCAAAUUUCGGCGUGAAACUGGCAAUCGGCGUGGUGGCCGGCUGCGCCGGCGCACUGGUCGGCAACCCCGCGGAGGUGGCGCUCGUGAGGAUGACUGCCGACGGCCGCUUGCCGCUCGAACAGCGACGGAAUUACACUAAUGUGUUCAAUGCUCUUGCUAGAAUGAUUAAGGAGGAGGGCGCAUUAACUCUGAUGCGCGGAACGUCGGCCACCGCCGCGCGCGCCGCCGUGCUCAACGCGGCCCAGCUUGGUACUUAUGCCCAGGCUCGUGAAGCGCUGCUGCCUAAAAUGGGGGACGGCAUCCCCCUCCACUUCUGCGCAUCCAUGAUAGCCGGCUUCCUUGCAACGAGCGCGUCUCUGCCCUUCGACAAGGUCAAGACGAAAGUCCAGAACGCAGCACAAGGGGGUUCAAGAGCCAGCAUGGUCGGCGUUAUUCUAAGCGUCAUAAAGAAGGAAGGUCCCUUAGGCCUCUGGAGCGGAUUCUUACCCACAUACUUCAAGAUCGGACCCCACACUGUGCUCACACUGAUCGUAUUGGAGCAGAUCAACGCUUUCUACCUAAGUUUAGCCUAAAUUAAAUACACUCCUGUAGAGCGAGAGAGAGAGAAACGAGCAAUUGUUGUAUAUAUAUUUAUAUAUUUCGGAAAUCUCGGAAUCGGCCCAACGAUUUCGAUGAAAUUUGCUAUAUGGGAGUUUUCGGAGGCGAAAAAUCGAUCUAGGUAGGUUUUAUCUCUGGAAAAACGCACAUUUUUCAGUUUUUAUAUGUUUUCCGAGCAAAAGUCUCCCAGAUGACGUUUUGUAUGGUGCGAUGACUGGAUUUGAUCUUUAUUUAUUUUAAUGCGUUACGUAACGUUAUCUAG